AUGCUGGAUCUCUCAGAACGGGUCAUUGUAGAUCAGUCGAAGCUCGGAUAUAAGGAAGCUUGCGAAUCGAAAGUAACUUUGUCACGGCAGGCGCAAUUUGAACGGAGAAAUGCGCUGUUCGAGGAAGUUGGAAUCCAGAAAUGGUUCGAAGAUAAUAGCAUUCCAUAUGAUACUCAACCCAAGAUGAAGUGUUCGGGGAAGGAUUACCUUACAGCCAGUAAUGUAUCUCAGAACCAACUAGAGCAAGUGUACAACUGGACGUUCUCCAAGGGACGCGUUGGUGAAUCAGUGCCCUUGAGACACGUUACGCGCCAUGCUGUGAAAAUUCUAAUAGGGGAAACGAGUGCUGCUAACAGCAGCACCAUCAAGAUACCGGACGCCUGGCUCGCAAAUAGACAGGUCCAAAUUAAUGAGGCAAGCCCCUUCCGAAUGCUCCGUAAAACCCUGCUCCUCUACCUGGAGUACGCCAACGAGGAACAUAUCAAGUAUAGGGAAGGUUUAGACGAAGCCCCGACUCCUCUCUUUGAUCUCUCGGGCGACCGGAAGACCGGCGCGGAGUCAAUUCUAGAUCUGUCCCUUUAUGAUUCGGAAAACGUGCAUUCUUCUGGAGCCCUAAGCAUAGAGUGUGCGAUGUUGAAGCUUUUUGGAUACCCCGGCACUCUGAAGACAAUCUCAGAGAUGGAUGUAGAGCGUCACAUUGGUCCUAUUCUCUCAGGAAUAUUCAACAUUCCAGGAUGUGCUGGGCUUUCAUCGACUAUUCUGAAAUAUCCUACGAUAUUGAGUUGUUUUGAUUCCUACCCGCGGCCCGACCAUGCCUGUCAGAUUUCAGCUGAACGACUACCAGGGAUCAAGUUUUGUCGUCCCCUUGUACUCGCAGGGGAGGCCAGAAGGCCGCAAAGCCGAGUACCGCAAGUUGAAGAUACUCCCUCAGGCAGUGCCAGCAAUUCGCGGGUAAAGUUUCCGCGGCCAGCAUCACAGCUUGCUUGGGCAUUCCAGCCCACGCUGGAGCUGUUCAUCAUGGAUCUAGUGACCAAAUACCGAAAUCCGGGUGGAAAGACUUGGAAGAAAGAAUGGGAUCCACUGGCAAAUGCAGCGAUCCCCAGUCACAUGGUUGUGUUUGGCAUCGUAUACGACACGGACGGCAUCAUCUUCUAUUUCUAUUCGCCCACCUACAAGGUUUCGGACGGUAAGUAUACAAGCGAGCGCUACUGUUUCGAGCAUUGCUCGCUGCCGUUACUUGGAGUGACCAGUUGGCGACGACGUGGGCUAACAAUCUGUCACUUCCUCCGAUAG